CCUCACCUCACCAGCAUUCCCGCUGCCUUCCUUGCGCGACCCGCAAUCGCGCAAGCAAAGUGCCAUGGUGGGGCGGCGGAAGGAGAGCAAUUUCAUCCCCUCGGUGGGGAAUUUCAGUGUUCAGUACAACUUCAAUUCUGCUUCCGCCGCCGCAAGCAUCUUGAGCGAUCCGCAGUACCUGGGCUAUCCACUGCAUGUGGAGCCUCAGUGGAGCAAAGACUUCACCCCGGCAGCAGUCUUUGUGGGCGCCAUGCUGGGCAUGUUGGGCAUGGGUCGCCUGGGCGACACUUUGGGGAGGACGCGGGCCAUGCAGGUCACCCUCUCCUUCACGGUCUUGGGUGCUGUGAUCCCCGCCUUGGCCUUCGGCUCCUCGGGCUCGAUUUAUGGCACUGUGCUGCUGGGCCGUCUGCUGCUGGGUGUCGGCGUGGGUGGCAUCUACCCGCUCAGCGCGGUCAGCUCCGCUGAAGGUUGCGAGGACGCGUCGGAGAAAGGCAAGCAUGUGGCACAAGCGUUCUUCUUCCAAAGCGUCGGUGUGCUGGCACCUUACCUCGUGGCCAUGCUCCUGUUGACGGUCAUUUCCUCGCCCAGCCCGGCUCCUUGGGUCCCUGAGUUGCAGUUCCGGCUGCUCUUCGCUUUGGGUGCAGCACCCGCUCUGCUGGUCCUGGUUGCCUCCUUUUCGGCGCACGACUCGGAGGAAUUUGCGGCGGAGCAGCACCGCGGCCGGUCGCGGCGUGGGUUCGAUCAUCAGGUAGUGAAGACCUUGAUUGGCACGGCAGGCUGUUGGUUUUUAUAUGACUUGGCCUUCUACGGCACCACCAUCUUCACCCCCACGAUCUUGGAGCGCUUGUGCAUCACGGGCGACCGCUUGCCAAGUGGCCACUGCGAGCAGACGCUUCUCCAGACGUCGCGGCAAUCCGCGCUGAUCUCCGCCAUGGGCAUCCCAGGCUCGCUGCUGGCGGUGCUGGUGGCUGAUCGUCUCGGCUGCAAGCGCCUGAACAGCUAUGGUUUCAUCCUCCUCAGCGUUUCCUUCGCCCUCCUGGCCUUGGCCUGGCACCUGGCGCCCGACGCACACGCCUGGCACUUCGUUCUUUUCUGCCUGGUGACGCUCUUGCUGAACUGGGGACCCAAUCUGGGCACCUACGUCUUGCCAGCCUUGUGCUUUCCAGCCGCGAUCCGUAGCACAUGCCAUGGGCUCUCCAGUACUGGGGGGAAGGUGGGCGCAGUGGUUGGCACUCUGAUCUUUGAUCCCAUCAGCGAGAGUUCCAUGGGUAUCCCUGGCGUCUUGUGGAUCCAAUGUGUCACCUGCGUGCUGGGCGCCGUGGUCUCAAUGGCCAUGCUGAAGCACGACUGGGAGUACGAGGUCUCUGAGAGCAGAAGCCUGCGUGUCUCUUUGCCAACCACCUUGGAGGUGACAUGGCCCGUGCUGGUGGACUAGCCAAGCGGAGC